GCCUCGUGUGCUCCCCGGCAGGUCCCGCCCACCACGCACGCAGGGGCCGGGGUAGUGGGCGUUCUAAGCGAGCGACCGUUGAUCCAGGGGUAGGCGCGCGGUAACCCGGACCCCGUGCCAGAAAGACGACCCGACCCGGGGGGUUGCCGCGGGCCGCAGCGCGGAGUCUAUAAAGGCGCACGGCUGCGUCGACAGCGCUCGGGACAUGGAACCUCCGCCCGGGAGCCCCCUAGAAGACACCGCUUCCCAAAGCCUGGGAGACGAUGAGUUCCGAGAACGGCAGGACGCGAAGCCUACCGUGAUCUCAGUAACUGGAGGAGACAUCGGGAAGGAUCUACUGUCCGAACCUGAGCGGGGAGCAGCAGCAGAAGGGGAAGAAAGCCACGGCGGCGCGGGAGCUCCCGGCCCCGUAGACGAGAUCCAGAAGGGCGGCGGCGGCGGAGAGGAGCCCCCGCAGCAGCAGCAGGAGGCCCACGCGGCCACCGAGGAUCCGCAGCCCCAGGACAGGCAGCCACGCCUCCACCACCUGUUCAUGCGGUUGGAACUGAAGGAGCUGGAGAGAGUUUUCCAACGCACCCAGUACCCCGACGUGUUCGCGCGAGCCAAAGCUACCUAUGGGCUGGAAGCCACCGAAAUCUGCCAGCCCUUGAGCUCCGUCCAAGGUGGGAGUGAUGCCUACAGGGCUGGGCAUCGAGAAAGGAGAUUACCAUAUGUAUGGAUGUGACUCAAACCGAGGCACAGCAAUAGAACACAGGCGAGGGAGAUCCAGAGAGAGGGAGACAGAGGAUCCGAAGCAGGCUCUUCACUGACAGCAGAGAACCCGAUGCGGGGCUUGAACUCGCAAACCAUGAGAUCUGAACUGAACUGACGUCGGACGCUUAACCGAUUGAACCACCCAGGCGCCCCAAGAACAAUUUUUAAUACAGUUUCACUGAGCUAAGAAUGGUGAAAAGCUUAGAGAAGAAUUGCAUACAAACAUAUACCUUGAAGAUACGGCACAGAUUGAGCUCUAUGAGUGAAUAUUCUCGAGGACUUUCUAACAUCUAAGGAUUUAUUUUAUUUUUUUUUUUUUGGUGGUACUAUUUUGAAGAGAUGGGUUUUAUGGAAUUUGGUGCUGGGUAGGGGGAGGGUUUCAAUUUAUGCCAGAUUCUUACCUGUGUUAAUUUGAAAUAUUCUUUCAUUUGUUCAAGCAGCGAUGUCUAAUUCGUGCGUCAAAAGAUAACCAUUUGAGACGGUAGCAGGUCAUGUUGUAUUAAGAGAUUAUUUGUGAAAAACAAAAUCCGGGAUGA